UAUCCCGCACAACACGGCCGUCUCGGUGAGUCUCUUCUGUUAAAAACUUCUUCCGCCGCUCGAGAUUGUGCGCCUUUGUCCGCAAACUAAUUACUCAGUCACCGAUUUAAAAUGGCCCAAACCUUUAAUGAAGAUCAGUACGGCAAAAAAAUCGACCGAUGUCUCACUGACACCUUGCUAAAAUUCGGUGCCGGAUUUGCAAUUGGUGGUGUUUUGUCUCUGUUGUUUUUCAAGCGUCGUUCUUGGCCUAUCCUUACUGGUUCCGCGUUCGGCAUAGGGGUGGCCUACGACAACUGCGAACGUUCUCUAAACGCGUCCAAAUAGGAAAGCUCUGACUGGUGUGCUUACUGUUUAAUUUAAAUACAAACGAGAUGUACUACAGUGCAAUAAAUUCGAAGAGUUCUCUACCGUA